AUGGUCAACUUCGCCCUUUUCCUGACGGUAGCCUUUGGCCUUUUUAUCUCUCAGGGGGCCAUCGCGGCCCCUACUACCGCCGCCGAAGCCACUGGCGAUACUCGGUUCUCUUUCUCCGCUUGGGUGGACUCCAUCAUCGCAAACCCUGAGACCGCUCUUUCUCCGGAGGAGGCAGUGCAAGCCUUUUUGGAUUCGAUGGACUCCGGCAGUGCACCCGCUACUCUUGAUAAACGCGUGGACUUCAACUAUACGGUGGAGUGCCUAACUGACUGGACACCCGAUGUUUCAGCGCAGGUACCCUGCCCAGCCCCCGAAAAGACCACUCACGCCAGCGGCCUUAUUGGCGGCUCUAAUCUUACAACGUUGGUUUACGAUGCGUUCCGGACUGCGUGGUUGAUGCCGCAGGGCCGUGGCUAUGCAUCUGAGGAUGCAAAUAAGCGCGGAACAUGUCAGAACAUUGCCCAAACCGCUGCUGUGGUCAUGGACAGGUGCACUCAACUGAACGGGACGGUGACGGGUCUUAUGGAUGACGACGUGACGGGAACCAAAGUUGGUGUGAUGAUCGCUAAGAAUCCGGGUGACUUUGCCUGGCCCUGA